CCCUUAACCCUCAUUUGUCUGUUAGCAGCAAAUCCCUAAAUAGUUGGCGGGGGAUCGUCGAGUGAAACAAAAAAAAAGCGUAUAAAAAGCUCGAACACUCCCCAAACAGCGAAUAACUUCAGCUCCUCUACCUUUUUCUCUCUUUUUCUCUCUUUCUCUCUCUCUGUCUCUCUGUCUCUCUGUCUCUCCGUCUCUCUCUGUCUCUCUCUGUCUCUCUGUCUCUCUCUCCCUCCCUCUCUCUUUUCCUCCUUGAUAUUAAAACCAAAAAAGAAUGGUGACUAGAAUGAAAUAAAUUCCCUCCUCUAGAAGACUUUGCCAACGCGACUCUUUCUCAAGAACGAGAUAUAAUUGUAGCCAUGCCCAUGAUCUCAGUUUCGCAUAUCCGCCGCCGGUCGUCGCUCAUGAGUGCAGUCAGUAAUCGUUCCUCUGUCGAUGAAUCCAAGCAUGAUUCCGGCAGCGGGGAAGAUGAGAUUGUCGAGCCCGACCAGGGUAAUGUUCUCACCCACAUCAUCUCCCAGCUCCGACCGGGAGCGGACCUUAGUCGGGUUGUCCUGCCCACUUUCAUUCUCGAACCCCGAUCCAUGCUAGAGCGGAUCACGAAUUUCAUGGCUCACCCAGAAACCCUACUCCCCAUGUCCGAGGUCGAUGAUCCUCUCGAGCGCUUCGUAUCCGUUGUCAAGUUCUACCUGAGCGGCUGGCAUAUCAAACCGCCAGGAGUCAAGAAGCCGUUGAACCCUAUCCUAGGAGAAACCUAUACCUGCUCCUGGGAGUAUCCGGACGGCACUCGUGGCUAUUAUAUUUCCGAACAGACAUCCCACCACCCUCCCAAGUCAAGCUAUUUUUUCAUGGCCCCCGAACACAAUAUCCGGAUCGACGGUACGCUCAAGCCUCGGAGUAGGUUUCUCGGCAACUCCGCCGCCAGUAUGAUGGAAGGAAUCGCGAUUUUACGGUUCUUGAACCGUGGAGCGGACAAGGUCCGAGGAGAGCGAUACAUCCUGACACAGCCGAACAUGUACGCUAGAGGUAUUCUAUUCGGAAAGAUGAAGUAUGAGCUCGGUGACCACAGCUUUGUGAGAUGUCCCGAGCAUAAUCUCGUGGCCGAUCUCGAAUUCAAAACCAAGGGCUACUUUUCCGGCACUUACAAUGCGAUCGGUGGAACGAUCAAGAACGAGAAGACUGGAGAGGUAUACUACGAGCUGUCGGGUUUUUGGAAUGGCGAAAUGUAUAUCAAGAACGUCCAUUCCAACGAGAAAGAACUCCUCUUCAACGCUAAAAAAUCCAAGCCAACCUUCCCUACAACCCGAUCAAUGGAACAGCAGGGCGAACGUGAGUCCCAGCGAUUAUGGAAGAACACAGUGAAAGCUAUUAUCGCCCGGGAUCAUGAGGCUGCCACGGAUGAGAAGACCAAAAUUGAAGACCGCCAACGAGACGAAGCAGCCAAACGGGCUCAGCAGGGAGUUGACUGGAAACCCCGGCUCUUCCGAGCGGUCCAAGGCGGGCCCGGUGGCUCGGAAGAGGGGGAGGAGGGCCUCGACUGGAUCAUCAAUGCCCACGUUGACCCUCAUAAUCCCGAGCUAGCCACUAAGCAGAUUCUUGCUAUUGCGCCGGUCCUGGAGGGACAGACAUGGGAUAACUUUGAAAUCCCGGAACGUAAGGCCGCUACUCUGAACGGCACCGACACCGACACCAAGUCAACCACAACGGGAGCUCCAGAAGCCGUCGAGAGGAAGGACUCUCGAACAUCGGAUGUCGAUGCGUACGUGGAUGCAUCGGAUUCUCCUUUACCUUGAACAACAACAUCCAUGCCUUUACUUUACCCUCCCGCCGGACGCCACCCGCUAUGAUCCUAACCAGUUUUCCGGCCGAUUCAAUGCUGAACCUGGAAUGGGUGGAUCGCCGUGGGUCCUGACGUAAUUGAGCUGCCCUAUAGAACCGUCACCCACAUACCCUGUUAAGAGCUGGCCGGAGGCGAGGUCGACUCGACUUCAACCUGCGGAGCUUUUGAGGUUUGGAUUUCAACACCUAGUCUCUGCCAAACGUCAUCAACUUGUACUGGAUACCCGAUUUGCAUUUUUGUUUAUGCAAAUAAUAAAAUCAGGCGAUUUAAAGUGAAAAAGAGAUUCAUAUAACAAGACUAAAAAAAAAGUCCUAUGACUUAUAGGUACGUACGUGAGAGGGAGUAGAGCGGUACGGGCAAUAUAUAAUAAUAUUAUAC